AUGUCACCAGUAGACCCCGUCAACCUCGACCCGAUUCCGUCGCUCCUCGACUCUUACACCUUCCACUCGGUGCUGCCCGACGACUUUGACCAGUCGUCGGAACAGAACAAGGAAGGAUGGAUUAUGGGCAUUGACGAGGCAGGGCGAGGGCCGGUGCUGGGUCCCAUGGUCUACGCGGCGGCAUACUGUCCAGUUGCAUUCAAGCCGACGCUUGAGGACCUCGGUUUCGAUGACUCCAAGGCACUGUCCGCCGAGGCAAUCUCGGCCAAUAUGCUGCGCCGCGUGCCGAUCAACUUGAACCAGCAAGCGCAGGAUGCGACGAUGGGCCUCAUCCGUGAUGCUCUCGACCGCGGUCUGAACAUCCGCGAGUGCUUUGUUGACGCGCUCGGCCCUAGCCAGAUCUGGCAGGACCGAUUGAGCGCUGCGUUCCCGACAAUCAAAUUUCUGGUGUGUCCCAAGGCCGACAGUUUGUUCAAGAUUGUUGGCGCGGCUUCGAUCAUUGCAAAAGUCACUCGCGACCGGUAUAUUGAACACUGGACUGAUCCAGAGGGACCACCAUUGGCCACCAGGGAGGGAGAGUUGGUGAUCCGCGGAAGCGGAUAUCCAUCGGACCCAAAGACGCAAGCCUUUCUGCGUGAACACGUCGAUCCCGUGUUCGGGUACCGCGGAAUGGUUCGUUUCUCGUGGGCUACGAUCCGAGUGCUGCUCGAAAAGCACAGCGCGGCAUGCGCGUGGGCCGACGAUGUGCAACAGCCCUCGGCCAAGGCCUAUUUCGCAAACCCGGAUAAAGGACGGUCCAAGAUGUGGCAGGACCUUGGCAUCUCGGCUGUAGGCGAGCUGUGA